UGCUGGCAGCGUGCUGCUGCUUUGCGUUUGGCUGCCGUAGCAGCUCGCGAUAGCCUUUGUGCAACGCCGCGGUCGCGUAAAGCUCGAGGGGGCAUGUAGAGGGCUCGCUCUCCUGGGUGGAUGGCCUGCCCCUCUCUGAAGAAGGCUGUCGGGGCGUUAGUAAGAGCUCCGUUCCCAGCAAGACGCCUUGUUCUCUGAGAUACCGACAAGCAGAGCAGCCUGAAGUGUUCGGAGGAUGACAGGCGGGGAAGUGUUUUCCCAUCAGCUCCGCCAGACUGAGGACCUGAUACGAUAAGUCUUCAUGUGAGUAACCCUAACUUAGGUGAGAAGCCUGGUGAAAGCCAGCGAGGCCGUGUGCUGUAGGACUUUGUGGGCAAACAAACCCUGCCUAGCUGUUCCCUGCGCAAGAGGUGGAACAGGAAGUAGGAGGGUGCAGAGUAAGUCAAGAGUAGAAGCUUUGGGGCAGCAGUGGCAGAAACGUCUCCAAAGGGCUGGAUCCUACCUCUUCGAGAACCUGAGCUGCCUGUCGGGGAAGGAAUUGGGAAAAUCCCCAUGAAUGCGAGCCCCGAAUUUGAAGCCUCCUGGAGAUGCACCUGAACCUUGUUGAAGAAGCUGGGAUCGGAAUCAGGCUGGUGCGAACAGAGCUCUGGAGGGCUCAGAUCUGAAUAUCGCUCCCAUUUCUCCUGCCUCGGUCUCCUCCUGCCAGACCAGACUGUCUGGAGUUGCUGCUGCUGGAGUCCAUGGCGUAUACAGCGAGCCCCACUCCAGCGGGGCCGAUUGGCACCCAGUACUGCGUUUGCAAAGUCGAGUUGUCUGUGUGUGGCCAAAACCUUCUGGAUAGGGAUGUCACUUCCAAAUCUGACCCCUUUUGCGUCCUGUUCAUGGAAGUCAAUGGAAAAUGGGUAGAGCUCGACAGGACGGAGACAGCUGUGAACAACCUCAACCCAGCUUUCUCAAAGAAGUUCAUUGUCGACUAUCACUUUGAAGAAGUGCAGAAGCUCAAGUUUGCCCUGUUUGACCAGGACAAGUCGAGCAUGCAGCUGUAUGAGCAUGACUUUCUGGGCGAAUUCUCCUGCACGCUGGGCAUGAUCGUUUCCAGCAAGAAAAUAACAAGAACUCUCCUUCUGGGGAACGGCAAACCAGCUGGGAAAGGGAUGAUAACGAUAGCUGCCCAAGAGCUCUCAGAUAACAGAGUGAUUACUCUGAGCAUGGCUGGCAGAAAACUGGAUAAAAAGGACCUGUUUGGAAAGUCAGACCCCUUCUUAGAGUUUUAUAAACCAGGUGAUGAUGGGAAAUGGAUGCUGGUCCACAGAACAGAGGUGAUCAAGUACACGUUGGACCCUGUCUGGAAGCCGUUCACUGUGCCUUUGGUGUCACUGUGCGAUGGAGAUAUAGAGAAGCUGAUAAAGGUCAUGUGUUACGACUACGACAGUGAUGGAGGACACGACUUCAUCGGGGAGUUUCAGACCUCGGUGGCCAGGAUGUGCGAAGCCCAAGAUGCCUUUCCACUAGAGCUAGAGUGCAUUAACCCCAAAAAGCAAAAGAAGAAAAAGAAUUACAAGAACUCUGGGAUCAUCAUCGUCAAGUCCUGCAAAAUAACCAGAGACUUCUCCUUUCUCGACUACAUCCUGGGAGGCUGCCAGCUGAUGUUUACUGUCGGAAUUGACUUCACAGCCUCCAACGGGAACCCGCGAGACCCUUCCUCUUUGCACUAUAUCAACCCCAUGGGAACAAAUGAAUAUCUGUCGGCUAUCUGGGCUGUCGGUCAGAUCAUUCAGGACUAUGACUCAGACAAAAUGUUUCCUGCUCUGGGAUUCGGUGCCCAGCUCCCACCGGACUGGAAGGUGUCCCAUGAGUUUGCCAUUAACUUCAAUCCAACCAACCCCUUCUGUUCAGGUGUUGAGGGCAUUGUCCAAGCGUACUCAGCCUGCCUGCCUCACAUCCGCUUCUACGGACCGACCAACUUCUCUCCUAUCGUCAAUCAUGUGGCCCGGUUUGCAGCUCAGGCAACCCAGCAGGAGUUUGCGACUCAAUACUUCAUCCUCCUCAUCAUCACGGACGGGGUCAUCAGCGACAUGGACGAGACGAGACAUGCCGUGGUGCAGGCGUCCAAGCUGCCCAUGUCCAUCAUCAUCGUGGGGGUGGGCAACGCCGACUUCGCCGCCAUGGAGUUCCUGGAUGGGGACAACCGCGUGCUGCGCUCGUACACUGGCGAGGAAGCCGCCCGCGACAUCGUGCAGUUCGUGCCCUUCCGGGAUUUCCGCAACGCCCCCAAGGAAACUCUGGCCAAAGCCGUGCUGGCAGAGCUGCCCCAGCAAGUUGUGCAGUAUUUUAAGCACCAAAACCUGCCGCCCAUCAACUCAGAGCCUGCGUAGAGCCGUGCCAGGCAGUGCCGUCUGCAUGUUGCUGAAGUCUGUUGGUUUUACUGAAAGUGCAUGUUUCACAUGCUUUUAAAAGAAGAAUCCCCUCCCCAAAACACACAAAUUUGUACUUCUUAAUUUAAUUGUUAAGGUCUUAAAAUGCAUCCCAGAGAAGCAUCUGGAUUCAUUUUGUACAGUCCUGGGCUGAGGUAACACUAAGAGGCCAGGCCAUGCCCUGGUCCUGCUCUGUUGAGUCACUUUUCAGUAUUGAAUGUACUUUGUAUAAUUUUAGUGGAACAGGACACAAUUUUUACAAUCAAAACUUGCUUUUUCCAAGCAAUGAUACACUUAAUAUAUUAUUAUUAUUAUCAUUCAAUGAACUGGUCCUUGUAUAGGUCAUGUAUCUGUGUUGUACCUCUGUCAUGCUCUAUGUUCAUUUUUAUACUGUGUACAUGUUACAUUUGUUAUACUCAGGUUAAUAAAGAAACUGGCACAUUUAAAACAA